CUAAGAUCACAUAUGAUUCGGAGUUCCGGUAGCCCGGCACCACACUCCACUGUGUGUACUGUACGUGUUAUUACUUGCACUUACAGACUUAGACAUGUUGUCAGGGCCAACAAGACAGAUGUCAUCAGUAGGAUGUUGCAGACAGAUAUUCCUAAAGCUCUAUCAGAAACAAGUUCUUUGUUCAUCACAGUGCAAUGCUUCUAGAACACUCCAAACUGAGACAUCUAGCACUUCCAAUGCAAACACUAAAGGAGCAAGGACACAUAGUCAUACUGGAAGGAAAUUUGUGAGCAACAUGUACCAGAAUCUUGGAAACGUUUACCCAACAGGCAACAAGUUGGUCUGCAAGAGUCACAAGCUUUUUCUAUUCGCCAGCAUCAUGCAGCAGUGCCACUUAGGAGGGUUCAACCUACUGCCUUUAGGUCAGAGGGUAUACGACAAGUUAGUGAAGAUUAUUGACCAUGAGCUAGAAAUCAUUGGAUGCCAAAAAAUGUCUAUGACAACACUUGUUCCAGCAAAAUUAUGGAAAAAAACUGAGCGCUGGAAUGACAUGGGAAAUGAACUGUUUCGAAUAAAAGAUCGCAAACAUGUUGCUUUUUGCUUGGGACCAACACAUGAGGAAGUGAUCACAAAUUUACUUGCCUCCGGCCCUACGUUACCAUACAGGCGUUUACCCAUGAAAAUGUACCAGAUAACAAGAAAAUUUCGAGAUGAAGAUUCUCCUAAAUAUGGCUUUCUACGAAGUAGGGAAUUUGAAAUGAAAGAUUUGUACACAUUUGAUGCCACAUUAGAAGAUGCAGCCGAGACCUACCAAUCAGUUUGUACAGCCUACACGCGGAUACUGGACAAACUGGAGAUGGACUACGAUAUAGUAAUUGGUUCCACAGGCAAUAUCGGAGGAAGCAUGUCCCAUGAGUUCCAAAUCAGGGCUGAUAUCGGGGAGGACACGAUCCAUGUCUGCAAAAAGUGUGGAUUUGGUGCUAAUGCUGAAACUACAGAGGCAAAAGACAAGAAAUGUUCUGAGAGUUCCUGUGAAUUGUUAACUCCGUCAUCUAUUGAGGUCGGACAUUCUUUCCUGCUAGGAACAAAGUACUCAGAGCCUUUUAAUGCCAAAUGUGUUGACAAAGCCUCAAAACCAAGUUUUUAUCAGAUGGGAUGCUAUGGACUUGGUGUCUCUAGAAUAAUGCAGGCUUGUGUUGAAGUUUUGUCUGAGGCAAACAUGAUAGCAUGGCCUCGACUAAUAGCACCUUACCAAAUAUGUAUCAUACCAAUGGAAGUAAGUCGCGUAAAGACCUGACAAGGAUUUACUACAAAACCUUGCUAUACAUUAUA